AGGGUCCGCACGCUCACCGGCAAGGAGAUCGAGCUCGACGUCGAGGGUGGCGAUCAGGUCUCCAAAAUCAAGGAGCUCGUCGAGGAGAAGGAGGGCAUCCCGCCCGCUCAGCAACGUCUCAUCCACGGCGGCAAGCAGAUGGUCGACGAUAAGACGGCGGAUGACUACGCGCUCGUGGGCGGGGCCACGCUGCAUUUGGUUCUGGCGCUUAGGGGCGGGCUAUGA